ACUUUCCCAGACGAUUGUAAUAAAACAAAUAAGAUUUAUCAUAUUUAUCUGCUAACUAUACAGAGCCGGUUGUGUCAUUCUGAUUAUCUCUUCGCGAUGUAUCGAAUAAAGCGUGAUUGGUUAUUUCUUGGUUCGAGAAACACGCGAGAUUUUACAAAUGUUUUCUCAGACGUAUCAACAAUAUCCAAUUCUUUAGAAAUUCUACAAAUACUGUCCCAAUUGUAAAUAUUUUCAUACACACACACGCACACACACACACACACGAGUUUUAUUAUCAUUAAAUAAAUAAAAUAUACACUUAAAUGAAAUUCUUGCACUCAAAGUUAUAUGAUAUAGAUAUCUCUACUUGAACACUUAUAUAUGGGAUGCUUUAAAAAGAUCGGAACCUUGGAAUAACUUGGAGGGAUCGUAUUCGAAAAACAGCAUGUUCAGGCAAAAAUUGUAGGGUUUAAAAAGGUCUAUUUAUUAGUCUUAUCAGUUUGAUUUGGUGGUGCUAAGGUAAGAUCGAGGUCAACUUUAAUUUUUUUAAUGGAAACUUCUAUUUUUUAUUGUAUCAUCUUUUUCUAUCAAUUAAUUUGAAACUGUCGUCCGAAACAGUUUUUUAUUUACUUAAUACUUUUUGAGAUAUUCUAGGAAAACUUGGUAACUUUUUCAAUAUUUAGCUUACAAUAUCUCGAUAACUGUUUGUCGGAAGAAAAAGUGGUACAGGAUUUUUUGUCUUGAUUUGGUCUCAAGAAUAUGUUGUUACAACAGUUAACUUGAUGAUCUCCUUGAAACUUUUAUGUAUACAUAAGUAUUUACAAGUUGGAGCACUAUUGCAACAAAAUAUUCUUAAGGCGGUCGAUAAAAUUCAUACACAAAACUCUGCAUAAAAAUUAGUACAAAGUUAAAUUUUGUGUCUGAAUCCUGCCUAAAAUUUCUGCACGUUGUUUUCAGUAAUGCAAAAUUUUGUAUUAAUUCUUAAUGCCGAGUUUUGCGUUGAAUUUAAUUGUUAAGGCGGUUGAAAUUCCCGAUUAAUUCAAUAUUUUCUAAUAUUGAUGUUUUAAAUGUUAUAAAUGCGCAAUGUUGUAAGUAUGAAAAUAUGCAAUAGUAACAAUGUCAGAGGCACUGAUACUACAAAAAGGAAAACGAAACAUAACUACGUUAUUAUUAUGUAAAAUACCUUAUUUUGCGUACUUAGUAUUUUAGUGAUAAGAUAGACUGUAAUUUAUUAUAUAUGCACUAUUAUCAUAACUACACUACAUUACAACAUCUAGUCGACUUAAAUGGACUUAUCGCGUUUGUCUGCUUAUUAUUCACAUAAGACCUUCCUGAGAAAUGUUUUACAUUGUCAGCAUAUACUAUAAAUAUUGGUUAGUGUAAAUACUGUAAGUAAUAUACCAGUAAACACAGUUGUGGAAGUAUUGUCUUAAAAGUAACGUACGCGUUAUUGUAUAAUGUUUCACUUGAGUGAAAGUUGUAAAGCAAAAGUUGUAAUUAUAUUCAACUAAUGUUAUAUUAACACGGGAUAACAUUUAUUAUAUUAUAUGUUACUCCAUAUUAUACAACUGCCAUAAUCUGUAUUUGUUGGAUACACGUGUUUUCAACAUAGUUUAAUUACAUUAUCUUUUUCAACAUAUAUAAGCGUAAUUGAUUUUAUCUGUUACGGUAAAAAUGAGGCAUAUUCUGUUCUUCGUCACAUCAAUUCUGUCGACGGCGAUUGCGGUAAAUCUGGAUGUCAUACUCGAGUGGAACUACGUUGAUUUCGUAUGGGACAGUCCGCAGCAGAAACAACGGGCGAUACUAAGUGGCAAUUAUAAUGCUACCUCGUGUAUUUUGUAUGAUGUGGACGUAGCAAGAGACGGUAGAAUAUUUGUCACUUCCGUAAGAGAAGAUGGUGUGCCUGCUAGUCUGAUGACGGUCACUGAGAAAAUGGGAGAUGGAGGUCCACUUCUUCGCCCCUAUCCAAAUUGGUCGUGGUGGAACACUGGAACAUGCGAAGGCAUUACUAGCGUUUAUCGGGUGUUUAUUAAGUGCAAUCACCUGUUCGUUUUGGACUGUGGCAAAAUCGGGGCUGAUAAGGUUUGUCCCGCUCAACUGUUGAUCUUCGAUCUGUCGAGUGAUACAUUAGUUAAACGCAUUGUAAUCCCGGAUGACGUUGCUGCUAAUGAAAAUGGUGCCAGCUUGUUGACGGCACUUACCGUUUCUAUCUCAACCUGCUCAAAUUUCCAAAAUAAUAUGGUGGUAUUUAUGUCCGAUACGGCUGGCUUCGGUUUAGUGAUAUACAAUGCGCAUUCUUCGGGAUCGAAAUUCUGCAGGAUCGAAUCGGAUUCCAUGAAGGCGACUGAUACAAAUUUCACUAUAGACAACCAAAGUUUUACUUUACAUGAUGGUAUUCUCGGCUUAACGCUCGUUUACGAAGAUUUAUAUUAUGCUCCUUUGGCGGGACGUAAUAUGUAUAAAAUGAAUAGUAUGAAAAUACGAGAAUGUUUAUUAAGUCAGGCGAAAAUUAAUCAAAUUACUCAGCUGACGGGUACGUUGUCGGGUCAGACAGCAGCGAUAGCCUCCCAGGAUUGUGCAAUAUUUUUCAGCAAUAUUCCGGAAACGAGUAUUUUGUGCGCUGAUACUUCGAAAAAAAUUGAUUACAACAAUACAGACGUGAUUGCGAAAGAUUCUGUUAAAUUGCAAUUUGCAAGUGGGAUGAAAGUCAUAGAGGGAACCAGACAUAAUGGUGGUAAAUCCUCAGCCGACAAUUCUUUAACAAUAUUAACAAAUAGAUAUCAACGUUACAUAACUGAUACAUUAGAUUUAAAUGAGAUAAACUUCCGUAUUCUCUCGGCAAAUAUGUCGGAAAUACAGAACGAGACACAUUGUUUUGAUUCUUGCACAUAAUGAUAUAGAUAUAUUAAAAAAAUGUAUGGCAUUUGUAU